AUGACUAUUACCAAUGUCUCGAAUGGGUUUCGCGCUACAGGGUUAUAUCCAAACAACCCAGAUGCUAUUCCUGAAGAGGCGUUUGCGCCCUCUGCGUUGUCAGAACUUCCAAAUCCUGCGAACAGUGAGAAUAUUGCUGUCUUAUCUGAUGAAUCGGGGGAAGAAGAGGUUUCAACUGCAAAUGUGGAAGAUUCAGAUGGGUUAGGCACAGAUAUUGAGAAUUUGCCACUGUCCUUGCUCUCAAAAAAACAAUCCGAAUGCUGGAACUCCACAGAAGAUAUACAAUCAAUCAACCACAUGAAAAAGGCUGAUUAA